AUGUAAAUGAUGGAAAUAGUGAUAAUUAUAACAAUGAUGUUGAUGAUAUAUAUAAUGAUAACAAGAAUGAAGACAAUAAUAAUAGAGAUGAUAGUGAUGUCGAAUUACCGAUCGUAAUGCAUGAUCUUUGUGAAUCGACCGAUAAUUUCAUAAAUUUGUACGAACAUUUAAAUGCUAUAAACAGUUUGAUUUUUAAAACUAUUCAAAUCAUUAGUAUGAUUAAUGAUAUGGCAAAAAGAAAACAGUUAAUAGAAGAUGCAACAACAAGUGAGAAUACUAUAACAUCUGUUUUUACGCCUGAAGAAGAGGAUUA